AUGGGUCUUAAAGAGGACGUGGGCGACUUUGCCAUGAAGAUGAUUGGGCCCUGGAUUUUCAUCGGCAUGGCCGUGGCCCAUUUCCCCCAGGCCAUUUCCUCCCUCGUCUCCUCUGGCCAGUACGCCAAGCUCCUCUCCCCGUCCGAGAUCCUCGCCGUCGCCUUUGGCCUGUUCUGGGGCACCGUCGGCCCAACCAUCAAGGAGGACUUCAAGCCCCGCGUCGUCCCCGUCCUCCAGGGCCGCGUCCGCGACGGCAAAAUUGUCGACGAGGUCGUCUCCGAGCCCGUCUCGGGCGUCAUCAUGGAGGUCGGCGCCGGCAGCGGCAUGUGGAUGGACGUCAUUGCCGGCUUUACCGCCGCCGGAGCUGGUGCCGACGGCCCCGCCUCUGGUCUGCGAAGACGCAAGACGGAUGCGGCCGGCGUCGUCACCAAAAUUUACGGCGUCGAACCGAAUGAGAUUUCCGCAGCGUCGCUCCGCAAGCGCGUCGCAACCAUGGGGCUCGACGGCAUUUACGAAGUCGUUCCCGUCGGCAUUGAGCAGGUGACGGACCCCACGGCUUGGGACGGCGAGAUCCCAGAGGGCAGCCUGGACUGCAUCGUCAGCAUUUGUUGCCUUUGCAGCAUCCCGGACCAGGAGAAGAAUAUUCAGUAUCUUUAUAAGCUGCUCAAGCCAGGUGGUCGAUGGUAUAUCCAUGAGCACGUCAAGGUCACUCGUGGCGGCGCUUUACUAAACUGGUAUCAGGCUUAUGUUGGAUUCUUCCACGGCCUGGUCAUGGGUGGGUGCCAACUCCGUCGCUCUACCCUCCCCAACAUCCUGUCUGCGGGUCCGUUCUCCGAGGUCAAUGUUGGCCAUCCUGAAGACGAAACCGACUACGACGUUAUACCCUGGGUCAUGGGUGUCCUUACGAAGGAAUGA